CAGAUAUUGAGUGAAGUACUUUUCAGAUUUAUCGAUUUUCAGUCAAAACGAUUGAAAACUAUAUCUGUCAAAAAUGGAAAGCGAUUAUGAUUUCCAGGAGAAGCGGAAAGGAUUUCUACCUUACAAAGUGGGAUACCUGACUGACUGUAUGGUAAAAUUAGCCGAAGAAGAAUUGGAUGAAACAGAAGAAACUCGUAGUCAGGCCAUUUCAGAACUCAGGAGUCUCAUAGCCGGUAAGUGGGAUCCAGAUCAAUUUUCAAUGCCAAUAUUCAUAUCAGCGUCGACAUUUUUAUUGCUACAAUGCAUCGAAGAUCCAGCUACUCAAGUGUGUGGUAUUCAACUUAUAAUUGAUGCCAAAAACACCUCUCUGAAGCAUAAUACACGUGCAUUAACACCAAGAUAUUUACAGUUACUCGCUAAAGCUCUCAGAAAUACGUUACCUAUCAGAUAUAAGCAUGUUCAUAUAGUGAAUGAAUCAAUUUUCUUUUCAUACCUCUUCAACAUUUUUAAGUUGAAGAAAAAAUAAGAAAAAGGAUCCAUUUUCACGGCAGCGAUAUGAAACAUCUUCACCAGUACAUUCCAAAAGAAAUUUUGCCACCUGAAUAUGAUGGGGACAAUACUGAAUACUGCGCAAUUGAAUGGGUCAAAAAGGAAACGUAUUCAUUCUUAGAAAAAUAUAAAGAACUGCAUCAUUGCGAGCUUCGUUGAUUUCGAUACGAUUCAUUGUCUUAAAAAUUCAUAAUUCGUACCUGAUGAAUCAUCAGGCGAAGAUUACAAAGCCAACACCUCUUUGAACUAAUGAAAUAUUAAUACAGAUCUGAGAUUAUUAUUUAUUAUCAUUAUUAGUCAGUUUGUAUAUAUUUUCAUUAGUGUCAAUAAUCCUAUUUAAGAUACAAGCAGUCUAAUUAGGCAAGUAAUGUAUAAGUUCACAUCACUAUUAAUCUAUUGGUCUUUUUUUGUAUUUUCAUAAAUGAAAAAUAAAGUUUUAUUUCGUCU